AUGGCUGAAAUCGGUAAUCAAAGCCUCCUUGAGAAUUCACAAAAUCCUCUCCCUGUCGUUCCACCAUCAUCAGGAGAAUAUGAGCAGGCCAAAGCUCUUUCCUUUUCAUUGCAAGAUCAGAAACUAGAAAGGUUAAAGAAUGAUUUGGUAGAGGAGAUAAACAGGCAUGCACUGGAGAGGAUUUGUCAGAGGCAUGAAAGGGAAGAGAUUGUUGCACAAGAAUUGUCUUGUCAGAGACGUGAACAAGAAGAGAUCAUCAAAGGCAGAGAUCAUCAAAGGAAAGCGGGGGAGAGAUCAUCAAAGGCAGAGAAGCAGAAGGGUUAUGGAAGUGCCACUGAAAGUGAUUCAGAGGAGUCUCAGAAUGGGUUUGAAUACCCAAUUGAAGAGAUGAAAACCAAUUAUGAGAACUCAGAUGCUGCAGAUGAAAGAAAGAGGAUGGAGGAUUAUCAUGUGAGGCAACUUCGCAUAAGAUUUGAAGAUGAGCGAGCCAAUCCGAAUAUCUUUUCCAGAACCAUGCGUGAAGGAGAACCGAGUAAUGAUGAAGAAGAAAUUUCAGAGGAUGAAAGUGAUGAGAGUGAAGAAAGUGAUAGUGAGGGGAGUUCGUCACCGGACGACAGUCAGGUAUCUCCUACAUCAUCAAGCAUCGAUUAUAGUGAACAGUAUGCAUAG